AUGCCGCCUCUUCAUUUUCGCUCAAGCCAAACGGUUUUCGACGACAGCGACAGCGAUGACAACAGCCAUCGAGCGCCACAAGCACGGACUGUUCACCUUCGCCACGACGUCACCGUUGUUGCUGACGGUCAACUGCGGUCGAAAACGCACACAAUCGAAACGAAAGGCUCUCCUCGCAAGCGUUCCGCCACUCAUCAACAGGAGUCCUUUCUUCUGCCUACCAUACCACUCGAGUCGGCCACCAUCAUGAGGAUGUUAGAGGCCGGGGACGACCCGUGGGCAGAAGGAGGAUUCCAGUUUGACGAAGGGCACCCUCAAGAAAAACGACCCUCACGUCCGACCGACCUCUUACCCUUUGGCAUGAGCGUGACCUCCCAACCUAUCUGGACGAGUCAUUGCGCUUGGAGGGUAUUUCAGGCUCAUCCUGCUAUCUAUGUCAAUCGCCAAAUGCCCCCUUCCGCUGUCGAGAUUGCUUCAUGGACUGUGUAUUCUGCAAACAAUGCCUACUACACUAUCAUCAAAACCUACCGCUCCAUCGCCCCGAGCUCUGGAACGGGUCGUUCUUUGAACUCAAACCCCUCAAACAGCUCGGCCUCCGCAUCCAACUCGGCCACCCUCCAGGUCAAAAAUGUCCCGGCACUCUCGCUCGUGGUACAUUGGGAGGGCCUCCACAACACGACGAUUUCUGUAUUAUCGACUGCAAUGGCAUACACGGUUGCUCUCGACAUAUGUACUUGUCCCUCAGCCCCCGAGCGAGCUACUCAAUUGCUUCGUGCCCGCCUAUUCCCGGCGACGUCUACUAGACCGCGGACUGCGGCGAGAGCUUUCAAGUGCUUCGCCUCUUCCAUCUUGUCUCUUUUGAAGCGAAAUGCUCGCCAUUCGAAUUCUACAAUGCCUUGGCCCGGCUUACCAACAACAACGGCACUUUUCAGCCUCGAGAUCGUUAUCGCGAAUGGUCAAGCGCCCGGGCAGGGACACGAGACUGGCGGGUGUCGCAAUAUUCCCGCCGGCGCUUGCGCUCUCCUCUGUCCUGCUUGCCCACAGCCCGGGAAGAAUUUGCCCGCCGACGGCAGCUGGAAGAAUGGUCCUCCUCACGAAAGAUUUCGCUACUCGCUGUUUCUUGCAAUUGACGCGAACUUCAAAAUGAAACGAAAACAAGUCUCGUCAGAAGGUGUCGAUCCUGGCCUCAACCAAGGCUCGGCAUUCUUUAGUGAUGUCUCUACUUAUAUGGAUCAUGUCCGCAAACAUUGGGGUCUCGAGCAAGAGAAGAGCACUUGCGUUUCGCACGAUGCGGUCAACGAGCCCGACCGCGAAUCGCGGGACAGCAUCAUCCGGAAUCGGAACUAUACAUCAAUAUGGAUUACAUGCUUUGGAAAAGCCUUAACCCCGCGGCAAUAUAACGACUUGGUCGAUAUCAUCGUCUCCUACGACAUUGCAUGUCAGUGGAGCAAAAAUGUGUGGCUCCGCAUUGCCAAGUACGACGACCCCUUACGCGACGCAGCCUUGCGAAAUCCCACCCGUCGUUUCGUAUUCCUCAUCCCCAAAUUCCAUCUUCCGGCCCACAUUGAGCGCUGCAACGUCGACUACUCAUUUGAUCUGACACCCAACGUUGGCCGUACGGAUGGAGAAGCUCCGGAGCGUGGUUGGGCGAAUGCAAAUCCCCUUGCAUCGAGCACGAGAGAGAUGGGACCUGGAGCUCGCCGCGACACCAUUGACGACCACUUCAAUGAUUGGAACCACAAGAAAAUUCUUGGCAUGGGGAAAUCGCUCUUGGAGAAGAUGAAGACGGCGAUAACAGAGAUGGUGGAAACGAGGAUGGAGCUGGCGGAGUUAGAGGCGGUUCUGCCCAUGGGUGUCGUUCAAAGCUGGCACGAGGCGAUGGAAAAGUGGGAAGAAGACGCGACACAACCAAAUCCAUUCAGCGUUACGUCAAAAGUGGACCCUCCAGCAUUCAACACCCUCGACGACAUCCAUGACGACCUCCAUGCCGCUGACCUGAUCGCAAUGGCGCUGACGCUGGAGGAGCAGCGCCACACAUUAGCCAGCGAUGCAGCCGAGCUUGGAAUCCACGCAACGACCAUCCAGAAGGCUUCCAUUUCGGAACGCGAGGCCAAACUGCAACGGAAAUUCGUUAGCUGGUUCGAUAUCCAGAUCAAUUUCGCACCUGAAGUCGCCGCUGUACGCGCAGGAGACGACAGCCGCCUCGCUAACUCAGGCGAUGUCGAAACUACCCGGGGUUCAACGCUCUACGACAUGCAACUACUCUUGCCCUCCUCCCUCAUAUCGCGUUCGGGUGUUCUUGUCCGGCCAAGCCACGCUUGGUACGAGUUCCAACUGAGGAAGGGCCGAGCUCUUCAUCUUCUCGAGGAACUGCGACGGCUGCUGCUGGUUAGAACCCAAAAGUACAAGGCCAAAGACAAGCAUGCCUCUGGGGUUGCCGGGCACACGCGAGCAGGAAAGGCGAUCCAAGCUAUCGAUGGGAGGAUCAGGCACAUUGCCGAGGAUUAUAGAAGAACGCGCACCGCUUUGUUGAGCCUAACAGAAGUCGUGGGCAACACAACAUGGAAAGCGGUCUUGAAGGACCUCAAGCAAGCCGAUGUGCGAGCCAUGCCUCGUGCUCUCUUUGCAGACCCUGACCAUCGCAAGCGCAAGCGAGGGGACGAUGACACGCCGAAGGAAAUGUCGUGGAUUUGGAGGAUGGGCAUUGGGAGUGUCCCCGUCGAGGUAGCGGUGGAUUCGUUGAGUGCUGCAGCUGCGUCAAGCGCGGAGGCUGCCGUUGCGGCCACUAAUGAAGGGCUCCGUGUUGAAUGGGCAAAACGCGCGCCCGAGCAAAGCGGUGGGCAGAGGAGGGCUGGGUGGUGGAAGGAGAGACGAAACCGUCGCGAAGGCCAAGGCUUGGAUAGUGCGAUCACAUCGGGUCUUCGGGCCUACGCUGAUCGUCAGGCACACAUUCAAGUGGCCUUGCGCACUCAAUUUGAAGGCAAUUGGCGGGACAUCCCCACCUUUCUCGAGCUUGGCCUGAAGCAGGUGAAGCAAAUCCAUAUCGAUCGCAGAGCCAAUUGGAGGGAUGCUCUGAUGACUGUUGAUGAUGACGCGGCGUUCCAGGCUGUUCCAGAACGUCCGGACCAAAAUUGA